GUUCUGGGUUGCUUUACCCUCAGAUUCUGACGCAUGAAUAGGCGCCUGGUUUAUCGAUAAAGCUGGCGUAGAGGUUGGCAAACCUAAGCAUCCACACCCGGCUUUUUCCCGGACCCUUUGCGUACACGGCUCAACCAAGAAACGUGUUCUCAUAACAAAUAAUAUCUUAGAUCUAAACAAUUUAGCGGCCGGCGGGCUGUGGCUGUCUCGUAAGCCGCUGGCCGUCUAGUACUACGCAUGGUUGCGUGCGGUGACCAGCGGGACAUGAACUGAUCCCGUUUCGUGGUCAUCAGCUCUCGUAUCGGCAAGGAGGGGAACUAGCUUCGGUACAGCUUGCUUCGUGCCGGGCGAAUUCAGCUUACACACGCAGCAAUGGACCUCCAGCAGCUACCGCAGUUGGAGUCGCUCUGUGAGCGACUCUAUACCGCUCAGAGUCAAGCCGAACGUGUACAGGUGGAGCAGAUGUUGGGCGUGUUCGGGCAGUCCACGGAGCACGUCCCCGCGCUAAAGGCAAUCCUGGACAACUCUCGCUCGCCUUACGCCCAACUGCUUGCGUCAUCAAGUCUGACUAAGCUGCUAACCGAGCACUCGCUCAGCCCCAGCGUACGUGCAGACAUGAAGAACUACUUCCUGCAAUACCUGGACAGCAACUGCGCCACCCUGGAGCACUUUGUGUCCUCCUCGCUCGUGACGUUGCUGUGCCGUACGACCAAGCUGGGGUGGUUUGACGCGGACACGCACCGGCAGAUUGUGGAGGACGCCAAGCGCUUCCUGGAGAAGGGCACUCCCACGCACUACCUGGUUGGGCUCCGCAUCCUGCACACCAUUGUGCAGGAGAUGAACCAGGCCACCCCCGGCCGCACCCUCACACAGCACCGCAAGGCGGCAGUCAACUUCCGUGACACGGCGCUGCUGCGGGCAUUCCAGGUAUCGCUGAUAGCGCUGAAUGAGAUGGCAACGCGACAAGCGGACGACAAGCUGAAGGGCGAGGGUCUCAACCUGGCCCUCAGCUGCCUGUCAUUCGACUUCGUGGGCACGUGUCUGGACGAGUCGUCGGAGGAGCUGUGCACCAUUCAGGUUCCCUCCUCCUGGCGACCUGUGGUUGAGGACCCCGCCACGCUGCAGCUCUUCCUGGACUUCUACUCCUCCUCCGGCCCGCCGCUCUCCUCCACCGCCCUGGAGUGCAUGGUACGACUGGCCUCCGUACGGCGCAGCCUCUUCACCUCGGAGGGGGAGCGCUUCAAGUUCCUAAACAGGCUGGUAGCAGCCACUCGAUCAAUUCUGGAUCCAGCCGCCCGGGGGCGGCUGGCGCAACAUGAAAAUUUUCAUGGACUGUGUCGGUUGCUGGGGCGGUUGAAAACCAAUUACCAAUUGGCGGAACUGGUGUCGGUUGACAGCUACAACGACUGGAUCCAAUCGGUUGCCCAACUAACAGUAUACGCGUUGCAGCAAUGGGAGUGGUCUGGCAGCAGCUGCUACUACCUGCUAGGCCUGUGGAGCCGGCUGGUGUCCUCCAUGCCCUACCUCAAGGGCGACUCCCCCUCGCUGCUGGAGGGCAACGUGCCUGCCAUCACACAGGCGUAUGUGGCGUCAAGGUUGGAAUCGGUGCAAAAGUGCGCCGCCAACCCCUCCCUGGACGACAUGUUGGACACGGAGGACGCCCUCAGCGAGCAGCUGGAGGCGCUGCCCUUCCUCAUGCGCUACCAGUACGACAGGAGCGCAGCCUACCUCACAUCGCUCAUGGACCCAGCCAUCGAGUACUUUAAACAGGCCUCCGUGCAGCCGCUGCCCGGUCCGCAGCUCUCCCUGCUGGAGGGGCAGCUGACGUGGCUGGUCUACAUAGUGGGGGCGGUCAUCAAGGGGCGCCUGGCCACCAGCACCAAUGCGGACAGCCAGGAAACGCUGGACGGCGACCUGGCUGCCCGCGUGUUCGCGCUGCUGCGGCUGGCGGACGAGGGGCAGCACGCGGGGCGGUACGGCGAGCGGUCGCGGCAGCGGCUUGACACCGCGCUGCUGCACUUCCUGCAGUGCUUCAGGAAGGUCUACAUAGGGGAGCAGGUGAUGCACAGCAGCAAGGUGUACACGCGCCUAGCGGAGCGGGUGGGACUGGAGGACCAUGCGUCCGUACUUUCCGUCAUGCUAGCAAAGAUCGGUACGAACCUGCGAGUGUACGGCGCAUGUGAGGAGCUCGUACACCUCAGCUUGGCGCUAUUCCAGGACCUCGCCGCCGGCUACAUGUCCGGCAAGCUGCUGCUCAAGCUUGAUGCGGUGUCGCAGCUGCUGUCCGCCCACACCUCCGAGCACUACGCCUUCCUGGACGUGGCCGCCAACGGUCGCAACCGCACCACCUACUACGCCACGCUGUCCAAGCUGCUGUUCAUGGAGGACACACCGGCGCGAUUCAGGGCCUUUGUGCUGCCGCUGCAUCAGGUGCUGGUGCAGCUGGGCUCCGCUGUCACCUCCGCCCCCUCCGCCGCCGCCCUGCGCGCCUCCGUGCCGCCCGCCUACCACACCCGCGUGGCGGGGCUGUUCCGAGACCUGCGCGGCAUCGCCUCCGCCACCGCCACCCGCCGCACGUACGGCUUCCUGUUCGAGUGGCUGUACCCGCAACACAUGCCCACGCUGCUGAGGUGCCUGGAGGCGUGGUCCGACGUGCCCGCCCUGACCACUCCGCUGCUCAAGUUUGUUGCGGAGUUUUGCUUCAACAAGGGCCAGCGCCUGACCUUCGAGAGCAGCUCGCCCAACGGAAUCCUGCUGUUCAGGGAAGUAAGCAAGGUUGUUGUGACCUACGCCAACCACAUCCUCGCAACCGCUCCCCCGCCAACCACCAACCACUCCUCAACCGCCGCCUCCGCCACAUCCUCGUCAUCAGCAGGAGCGGGAGGGGGGAAAGGAGCAGGGGGAGGGGGGUCUGCCGUGUACGACACGCGGUACAAGGGGAUCUGGAUCUGCCUGCUUGCGCUGUCUCGAGCCUUGAGCGGCAACUACGUCAACUUUGGAGUGUUUGAACUGUACGGAGAUCCAGCGCUCAAGGAUGCCCUAGACGCUGCCCUCCGAAUGGUGCUCUCCAUCCCGCUGCCCGACCUGCUCGCCUUCAGGAAACUAGCCAAGGCGUACUUCUCACUUCUGGAGGUGCUAGCAGCGGGCCACGCGGGGGUGCUGGCCGCCCAGGAUACCCGCACCUUCAUGUUCCUCAUGUCCUCCCUGGAGAUGGGACUCAAAUCCCUGGACGCCUCCAUCUCCUCCUCCUGCGCCUCUGCAAUCGACAACCUGGCCUCCUUCUUCUGGCGGCACGUCGCUUCCGCGGCAGCAGGCCACCCCGAGGCGGCAGUGGGGCUGACGGGGG